AUGAAGAUGGUGACACUGAGCACGCCUCUGACAGGACGUCAGAGACCGCCAGGUGAUGUCACUGAAGCCACGUCCACCUUUGACCCCGUGAGAGGGAGCUGCUCUGAUAAAUCUGUGACGCUCGCUGCUCCCGGAGAGAGUCAUGAGGGGAGGGGCUACAAACCCAAUAAACCUAACCUGCCAAGGACAGAAGAGAGCAAAAAGAGGCAACCAAUGGAUGCGCAGAGGGUGGGGUCAGACAUGAUUUACACCAUUGAAGAUGUCCCACCAUGGUACCUGUGUAUUCUACUGGGAUUACAGCAUUACCUGACGUGCUUCAGUGGUACAGUGGCUGUGCCGUUUCUUCUGGCUGAGGCCAUGUGUGUUGGUGGAGACCAAAGCACCAUCAGUCAGCUGAUUGGAACCAUUUUCACGACUGUUGGAAUCACGACUCUCAUCCAGACCACCGUGGGUGUCAGACUUCCUCUCUUUCAGGCAAGUGCGUUUGCGUUCCUCAUUCCUGCUCAGGCAAUCCUCAGUCUGGACAGGUGGAGGUGUCCCAGUGAAGAGGAGAUUUAUGGGAACUGGAGUCUUCCCCUGAACACCUCACACAUCUGGAAGCCUCGAAUCAGAGAGAUUCAGGGUGCCAUCAUUAUGUCCAGCCUGGUGGAGCUCGUGAUUGGUCUGUGUGGGUUACCUGGGUUACUGCUGGAGUACAUCGGCCCGCUCACCAUCACGCCGACCAUCUCACUGAUCGGCCUCUCAGUCUUCACAACUGCUGGAGACCGAGCUGGGUCCCACUGGGGCCUCUCAGCACUGUGUAUUUUGCUGAUGGUGCUGUUUGCUCAGUACCUAAGGGCGACAUCACUUCCUGUUCCUGUGUAUAGCAGGAAGAAAGGCCUGAGGGCCACCAGAGUGCAGAUCUUCAAGAUGUUUCCUAUCAUCCUUGCCAUCGUGUUGGUGUGGUUCGUCUGUUAUGUCCUCACUCUGACCGACCUGUUGCCAAGAGACCCUGAUCGCUAUGGACACAAAGGUCGCACUGAUGCCCGAGGGGACAUCAUGACACUGUCGCCCUGGUUCAGGAUGCCUUACCCAUGCCAGUGGGGGUUGCCUGUGAUAACGGUUGCUGGGGUGUUGGGCAUGCUGAGUGCGACGAUGGCGGGCAUCGUGGAGUCAAUUGGAGAUUACUAUGCUUGUGCUCGCCUGUCUGGAGCCACGCCCCCUCCAAUCCAUGCAAUCAACAGGGGGAUUUUCAUAGAGGGCGUGUGCUGCAUCAUUGCAGGUCUGUUGGGGACAGGAAACGGCUCCACCUCCUCCAGUCCAAAUAUAGGUGUCCUCAGCAUCACCAAGGUAGGUAGCAGGCGGGUGGUGCAGUACGGUGCCGGCAUCAUGUUUGUCCUGGGAACCGUCGGCAAGUUCACAGCUCUGUUUGCCUCGCUGCCCGACCCGAUCCUGGGAGGAAUGUUCUGCACGCUCUUCGGUAUGAUAACAGCUGUCGGCCUGUCAAACCUGCAGCUGGUCGAUUUAAACUCGUCCAGAAAUCUGUUUGUUCUUGGGUUCUCCAUGUUCUUUGGUCUGACACUGCCGACGUACCUGGACACGCAUCCUAACUCCAUUCAGACAGGUGAGUCCCUGUUUACCGGUGCCACGGCUUCCUGCUUUCUUCCUCUGUUGUCAGGCACCAGAGAGGAGCGAGGGCUGGUUAAGUGGAACUCCUCCUCUUCCUCCUCCUCUUACUCCACCUACGACCUUCCCUUUGUCAUGCCCGUGCUCAGACGCACUCGCUGGCUCCGGCGGUUCCCCAUCAGCCCCACCUUCACAGGUUUCAGGGCAUCUGAUGACCCACCCCCUCUGGAACAGGAGGAAGGUGACGACGAAUUGCCAAGCACCAAGUUGUGAAGAUGAUGUCAUCAAUCUCACCUGACAGCUGUUGGGACCAGUUAGAUUUCAAACCAAUCAGUGUUUCCAUUAAUCAAUAUGACAAGAAGUUUGUGACAUCACCUCCUGUUCCCAUAACUAAAGCCCCUCCCACAGCGUGGUCUUCCAGUCCUUGAGUUUAAUUUCCUCCUUAUGAGCUCAACCUGACACUUUGCAGAUGUUCCAGAUGUGUAAUGACUUGCAGUCAGCUAAUUGAUUGGAUGGAGCGAAAGGAAGCUGCCAUCCACACAUACCUUCAAAAUAAAAGCAGUUCUUCUGUGAGACUGAAUCUCUACCCAUUCAG